CGUAAGUUUAAUAUCUACCAGAGACAGGGGAUAAAAGGAAAUUGCGAAGAUGGAGGAAUCAUCGAGUCCAAACAAUUUGACGGAACAUAAAGAAAAUGAUAACACAGUGUACUGGCAGACUGAACAGAAGCUCGGGACAUGUAUGCUUCAUUUAUAUAUCAACAAUAUGUGGACAGAUGUAAAAUUCAGAUGUCAAGACCAUGUGGAAGAUGACAAAACGGACAGAAUUCGUGCGCACAAAAUAGUCCUAGCAGCAAGAAGUCCGUUUUUCCAGGGAAUGUUUUUUGGUCAGUGUUCAGAGAGCAAAGCAGAAUUCGAUCUACUUACCACUCAAUCAGAGAUACUGGAUUUAGUGUUGCGGUAUAUUUACAGUGACGAGACUACUUUGGAAGAGGCUACCACACCAAAGGUCAUGGAACUUGCACAUUUGUACCAAAUUUCAUGUUUAGUAAACUACUGCGCAAAAUUUUUGGCUACUUGCUUACGACCUGACAACGCUUGCGAAAUACUAGAAUUAGCGUUGCUGUAUAACCUAACCGAGUUAAGGGACACUGCAUGUGUUUCUAUUGAUGACAACGCUAAACAAGUACUAGAUUCAGAUGGUUUCCUUCGAAUUUCGAAUACCUGCUUGACCUACAUUCUGAAAGGUGAUACUUUAUCCGAGGAUGAGACAUAUUUAUUUAACAAAGCUAUUGAAUGGGCUGAGCGUCAGUGUGCACACAAUGAUCUGACAGCCAAUGGGAAAACCAUACGUAAUACCCUUGGUGAAGCAUUUUAUUACUUGCGACUUCCAGGGCUUGAGAAUCUGGAGUUUUUGAAAUGUGUGAAGGGCAAAGGUUUCUACACAAUGCAAGAAAUGGAAAAUAUCAUUGAAAAUAUAAAUGAUAAAGAAAGCGAUGCGGUUCCAUGUCACCGUGUUGUUAAACGAGUGGAACGAAGAAUAUCUGUGGAUGUUUCACCAGUUCCAGAAGAUUGGAAUCGAUUGAAAACAUCAUUCGUAACCGAAAUAGAAUGUACGCUUAUAGGCAAAGUUUCGAGAGAUUUUGCAAUUCGUGGGUUUUCCUUGCAAAACAUUGAACCAGUCUUAUUGAAAAAUGAAAAUAAAGAUACAAAUCGAUCUGCUAGAUACUCUUACAUAAAGGACACAACUGUUGUAAUCACUUUAGAGUGUAUGUUCUAUAUAGAAGAUAUCAAGUUUGAGAAAACAUUUCAUGUGAAUCAACAGAAGAACAUGUCAGUAGAGUUAUCGGAAUCACUCCUGUUACCAAAGAGAGAUACUCCUUACACACUAAAAUUUAAAAUGAAAUAUUCUUCUGAGCAUUCUAGCAUUCAUUUAGAAGCUAUCUCUGAUACAAGUUUUAAUAACAGGGGUCAAGGAGCAGUUUACAAAUGUGCCUUAUCAAACACGCUUGGAGGUCCUACAAACUUUUACUUUUUCUACAGUUCAAAACAUGUUAAUUGCAUUAAAAGUGUUUGGAUAGAUAAUUUUCCCAACAGGAAGAAUGAGGACGCAUUUGUUGACUCCAGACCUGUAGAUACUGGAGGAGGCGAUACAGUAGAAAAAGUAUGACACGGUUGUACUGACAUAUUUUUGAUAUGAUCACCUAAAACAUCAAAGAAUAGAACCUAACAUGUGUAACAGGUGCUAAUUAUAAUGGUAGAAAACUACAAUUAACAACAAUCUUAUUUCAUGUUUCAUUCAGUAAAACCGAUUUGAUAUGCAAUACACCCUUCGUGAAUUAUAACAUUUUUAAUUGUC